AUGGGUUGGAAAGACAAGGAGUCCAAGAAACUAGAGGGAAAACGCUUCUUGGUGAUUGGAGCUGGAGGAAUAGGUUGCGAGUUGUUGAAAAAUAUAGCUCUGACGGGUUUUAAUGACAUUCAUGUAAUUGAUAUGGACACCAUUGACGUUAGUAACUUGAACCGGCAAUUCCUUUUUCGACGGGAACACGGAAAACGCUUCUUGGUGAUUGGAGCUGGAGGAAUAGGUUGCGAGUUGUUGAAAAAUAUAGCUCUAACGGGUUUUAAUGACAUUCAUGUAAUUGAUAUGGACACCAUUGACGUUAGUAACUUAAACCGGCAAUUCCUUUUUCGACGGGAACAUGUGGGGAAAUCAAAAGCUGAAGUAGCAACACAAGCCAUUCGCCAGAUGUGUCCAGAUAUCAGGAUCACUUUCGACUUGGACAACAUAUUUAGAUUGAUAUGGACACCAUUGACGUUAGUAACUUAA